AUGACAAUUCCAAAUCUCGAGCUUCAAGCCGCCACUAACGGAGCUAAACUGUCUCGUUUCAUCAAAGAACAACAUGACAUACGAAUCGACAGUACGACACUAUGGACAGAUAGUACAACAGUUCUUCAUUGGAUAAACUCGCCGAAUCAACGACGCCGGAUCUUCAUUGCCAACCGCCUGAAUUUCAUCAUGGACUCAACAUCUCCACUGGACUGGAGAUACGUGCCCAGCAAAGACAACCCUGCAGACGACGGAACACGUGGUUACAAAGCAUGUGACAUGACUACCGAUUCACGAUGGAGCAAAGGACCAGACUUCUUGUUAAGACCAUCAUCAGAUUGGCCUAAUCACCCGCCACCGCCAACACAACCUACAGCCGAUAUUCAUCUGACAGACAACGACCCACAACCGCCAACAUCAGUAAUCGACUUCAACCGAUUUAGCACUUGGACAAGAGCACUCAGAGUUACUUCAUAUGUUCUUCUCUUCGCAGAAAACAUCAAAAGGAAGACACGCCAGAGCCUCUCACUUCAACACCUCACCUUAGGAUUCGCAUGGAUCAAUAAACACUCACAGAAUCAAUCAUUCCCCAAGGAAAUAGCAUGCCUGACAAAGAAAUCUGACAUUCCACCCCGCAGCCCUCUGCAAACUCUUUGCCCCUUCAUCGACGAUCACGGAUACUUACGUGCCAAAGGACGACUACAGAAAGCCCCGUUUCUACUUUGCAGUCGACAUCCAGUCAUUCUGAACGCAGAAAACUACCCAAUACAACUCUUCAUGAAGCAAACACACGAAAUAAAUUCCCAUUGUGGAAUGGAACACACCCGAAGCAUUCUUCAGCAGGACUUUUGGAUCAUAAGAUCACGCAAGCAUCUGAAGAAAACUAUUCGACAAUGCAUACCUUGCUGA